CGCAGCAGCGACGGCGCGAGCGAGAGCACAUGCAUCCAUCGCCGCCGCCCGCGCGGCGCCCGCCGUCGUUGCGUUUGACUUUACACCUCGCUCUCUCGGCUCGUCGCUCCGUCGCCCGCCGCACGGCACGGCACUACACAUCCACUGCAGUCUGCACGCGCCAUAUCUAUCUAUCUAUCUAUCGAUAAUAUAUAUAAUAAUACAUGCUACUGUGAUGACAUACACACGCCAUGCCAAAGUCAACCGUCUCCGUAUAUAUGAACCCUCUCCCGGUCUCCCCCCACCUUGGCACACAUACACACGCACGAUCCAUCGCCAUGGACUGCUCCAACGACUGGGACCUGCAGGCGCUCGUGCGGAGCUGCGGCGGCGGCGGAACGGCAGCCGCAGCAGCGUGCAACAGCGGAGCGGCGCCGACGGCGACGAGGGGAGGGUACGACGCACCUUCACGGGAAGCUGCUGAUGAUGCUAGCGUCGUCGUCGGCGGCGGCGGCCGUGUGGUGGCAACGGCGGCGGCGGGACAGGAAUUCCUCGGGCAGCCGGUGGCGGCGUGGCGGCGCAACCUCGACUACUUGGACCUCGUGGACCACGAGCUGCUGCGCAUGCCCUUCUCCAUCACGCCAUCGUCGUCUCGAGAGACAACGUCUGGUGGGGCGCCUGGGCAGCAGAUGAUCCGGCAGCCCAGGAGGCAGCCCGGCCGCAAGCCGGGGGUUCGCACUCCCAGGGCCAAGAGAAGCAAGAAGAGGCAGGUGAAGAAAGUGGUGUGCGAGGUGCCGGCGGCCGGCGGCGGCGUCUCCUCGGACCUCUGGGCAUGGCGCAAGUACGGCCAGAAGCCUAUCAAGGGCUCACCCUAUCCACGGGGAUACUACAAGUGCAGCAGCCUCAAGAGCUGCAUGGCCAGGAAGCUGGUGGAGCGCAGCCCGGCCAAACCCGGGGUGCUCGUCGUCACCUACAUCGCCGACCACUGCCACGCGGUGCCCACCAUGCUCAACGCACUGGCCGGCACCACGCGGAACAGGCCGGCGGCGGAGUCCCCCGACGAUGGUGACCACCAUCACCACCAAGAACACCAUGACCACGAGACGUCGGACGGGGCGCCGGCGGCGUCCGCCGAUAACAAGCUCGACGACGACGGGGCCGACGCCGCGUCCACCAUGACCGUGGAAGAGAACGACGCGUGGCUGGUGGAUCAUAUGGCGCUGGAGGACGACGUCGUCGACGGCGACUGCCCAUUCGAUGAUUUCUUGUGGCCGUUCGAUGACGACUUGGAUCAGUUUCUCGACGUCGACGGCGGCGGCGUUCUUGGACGCCGGCUGUCGCUGUAGCUGGGGACAUGCCGCCCGGGCAACUGAUGGAUCAUCGUUAAGCUAUAUAUUCAUUGUUGACUACUGCAAAUGGAUUGCAUAUAUCUUCUAUGCUCUAUCUGUAGAUGUAGAUAAUCUACAUCUCCUUCAGCUGGGACCUGGGAGACAGGUUGGCGUGUAGUAAGCGGAAUGCAUUGCGCCUUGCAGGUGCAGCGCCGCAAUUAGACGAAAAUGCAGACCGUGUACAUUUGACCGAGUUCUGCUGAUGUUAUGGUGUUUUUGUCAACAAUCUCUCUCUCGUCCUUGAUGGAAGAAUAAAUUGAUUUAUUUAUUGUUACACAAGCACGCACGACACGGCCAUGAUGUUUGAAUUGUUUAUAUAUCCAAGUUCGUGGAUGUGGCGACAUGU